AGGAAACCUAGUGAAGAGAACCGUGCACUCCUCGAGACAUCAGUAAGACAUCGACACCUCGCGUUACAAUCGAAAAUCGCGGAAUACAUCAUGGCAAAAGUGAAAUACGACUGGUAUCAAACAGAGACCGCCGUUACGGUGACGGUUUUGCUGAAAAAUGCUACCGAAAAGAACUACUCCGUCCAGCUAGAGCAAAAUGCAUUGACCCUGCAGGCCGACGGCAUCGAGACGAUUGCACUGCAACUUUUUAACCCGAUACACGUCGAGCAAAGUUCGCACAAAGCGACACCUAGUAAAGUCGAGAUAAAGCUCGUAAAACUUAUCGGCCAGCGAUGGGAAACGCUGGAGCGAAAGGUGUCUGCCGAAGAUUCACCCACCUCGGCUGCGGCGAAGAAGAAGCAUGAUUGGGAUAAGAUCUCCAAGGAAAUCGAAAAGGAUGACGAGACGAAGGACGACGUGAGCGAACUCUUCAAGAAGAUUUACGCCGAUGCAAGUGAGGACACCAGGAAAGCGAUGAUGAAAUCGUACUACGAAUCGGGCGGUACCGUCCUCAGUACCAACUGGGCCGAAGUUGGUGCCAAACAGGUGGAAGUUAAGCCCCCGGACGGAUGUGAGUUCAAGAAAUGGAAAUAAGCUCCUUCGGCGCUGUACUAGCAUGCAUCCCAAGCGCACGUGUGCAUCGGUGAACUGUGUCCUCUGUUUGGUUAAAUUUAUGUACAUUUUUUUUUCGUACGCGGAUUUGUUGCCAUCCGCACUUAAAUAAACAAUUUGA